GCUUCUUCUUUAUAAUCUACUUAAACCCAUCAUCUCCUACAAUCUUCACAAACCCAUCAACUUCUCCUUCUCCUCCUCUUCUUCUUCUUCUUCUUCCAAGAACCAAGAACACCAAGGAGGUGGAGGGUGGUGCCAUUGGUUGGUUGGUUGGGGGAAGGAAGGAAGCAGAAGCAAUGCAUGCUCCAAGAAGGUUCAAGAAGGCCUUCAUGGAGCGGCUCCUGCUGAGCCUGCAGGUGGCCGGGCUCACGUCCAAGUCCAUGGGCCUCCGCGAGCGCCGCGACGCCGUGAGGCUGUCCUCCGACGUCGCCAUGGCGUCGGCGCGCGGCCGCGCGGCGCCGUGGGCGCGCGCGCUGGUGGCGCGCCACGCCGCCGAGCGCCGCAACGAGCCGCUCCUCCGCCGCAUCAUGGGCGGCGACGGCUACGACCGCGCCGCCGCCGCCGCGGCGGGCGGCGGGGGCAGGAAGGAGGCGAGGAGCAGGGGGAUCGUGAGGAGGUCGCAGAGGGUGUGCAGCUCCAGGAGGAAGAGGAGGAGCCUGCAGGCAAUGGCGAGCGGCGCCGGCGCAUUGUCGGCGAGGAGGAUGGUGAGGUGCAGGCUGCGGCUGCUCCGGCGGCUCGUGCCCGGCGGCGAGGCGCUGCGCGGCUUCUCGCUGCUGAGCGAGACGCUCGACUACGUCGUGUGCCUCAAGGCGCAGGUGGAGCUCAUGCAGAGCCUGUGCAAAGGAUCCCAGCAACAGCAGCAGAAGCUGCAACUAGCUGCAGCUGCAGCUGGGAUGAAAUGCUGAUCAUCCUGGCACAGCUGCUGCCAGACUGCAAGACCUGCAUGAGAUGUGUGAGUGGAGUUAAUGAAAAGCUCUAAUUAACACACUUAUGCACAGAAAAGCAAGAGGACUGGAAUAUGGAAGAGAGCUCAAAGGCCUCAAGGAGCCAGCUUACUAUAGUUAGUUAGUACUACUAGUGGUACCACUGUAACUAUUGUGCAAGUACAUGUCAGUGCAAAGAUGGAUCUUGGUUUAGGUGUAUCUCUCCUAGUAGCUAGGAUGAAGAAAGCCAUAAUCCAUUCGGUGAAAAAGCAGUUUUGAUGUCAAUUAAUUACCUAGUGUAUGUUCUUAAUUGGGGGAGGGAGAUAUCUUCCAUGUUAUGUUUAGUCUCCAAAUCUCAAUGAAAUGGAAAUCUUCUGAUGGAUCA